UUUUGGACCACAACCCAAAGCGGCGACGAGGACGAUGGACGCAGUCACGACGAGCAUUGCUCGUCUUCAGCUGGCCCUCGAUGAUGACCGCAUCCCGUGGAUCUCCACGAUCCAUGUCCUUCUCCUCUCUGUCCUGGCUUUUGAACUAUUUGUCUCGCUACGCCAGCUGCGCCAGUACCGCAAGCCGGCGCCGCCCCCAACACUGGCCCCUCACGUCUCCCUCGAGACGUUCGAGAAGAGCAGAGCAUAUGGCAGGGACAAGCUCCGCUUUUCGCUCGUCACCAUGGUGCUGGAGUGGGCCCUCGCCGCCACGCUCAUCUCCCUCCAUGCCUAUGCGCGUGUCUGGAACGUUGCGGGCCACGUAAUGACCCUGCUGGGAUACAAGUCUGAUGGCGAGAUUCCACACUCGCUUCUCUUCCUUCUCAUCUCGCAGUUGAUCACCUCGGUGCCUAUGCUUCCCGUCUCGCUGUACCGGCACUUUGUCCUGGAGGAGAAGCACGGCUUCAACAAGAUGACUCUUGGCACCUUUUUCAUCGACGGCGUAAAGGAGUGGUUUGUCGGCGUCUGUCUCGUAGGUCCGCUCAUGGCUGGCCUCAUCAAGCUCAUUCGAUGGGCCGGUGAUGGCUUUGUUGCCUACGUCGUCGUCUUUCUCUUCGCCUUUCAGAUCAUCGCCAUGGUCCUCUAUCCGACGCUGAUCCAGCCGCUUUUCAACAAGCUGACGCCGCUGCCCGAAGGGGCCCUGCGCGACCGCGUCGUGGCCCUCGCCCGUCAGCUCAAGUUUCCCCUCAAGAGCAUCUACGUCAUUGACGGCAGCAAGCGCAGCGCCCACAGCAACGCCUACUUUUACGGUGCCAUCCCCGGCGGAUCCAAGCACAUUGUCAUUUACGACACGCUCAUCGAGAAGAGCACGCCCGACGAGAUCGAGGCUGUCCUCGCGCACGAGCUGGGGCACUGGGCUCACUCGGACCCGGCCAAGCUGCUGACGCUGGGCCAGAUGCAAAUUGUUCUGUCCAUGUCGCUCUUUACCCUCUUUAUCCACAACGCCUCGCUCUUUCGCGCCUUUGGCUUCAAUCUCAGUACCACGGCCGGCAUUGCCGCAAAGAUCAGCGAGGCAUCGCACCAGAUCACUGGCACCAUCAAUGCUGCCAGCUCCGUCCAGGUCGGCUACCUACCCAUCGUCAUUGGCUUUGAGCUCUUCCAGCUCGUCCUCUCUCCUACCGACUCGCUUCUCAAGUUUGCCAUCAAUGCUGCCGUGCGACGCAUGGAGUAUGCCGCUGAUCGCUUUGCCGCCUUGCAGCCGCGUGCACCUGCGACAGAGGCCGAGAAGAGGGCUGCCGAGGUGUACAAUGCCAAUGACGUCCUUCCCGGCGAGAAGCCCGUCGACGUCCACGACAAGGAGUCCUACAUCACCCUGCUUGGUCGAGCUCUGAUCAAGCUCCAUGUGCAAAACCUUGCGACGAUGCACCACGAUCCCCUCUACAGUGCCUAUCACUACAGUCACCCUUCGCUGGCUGAGCGGCUAUCAGAACUGGAGAAGAUCGAGGCGAGGCAGGCCAAGAAGGCAGAGUAGGAGAAAGACAAAUGUGCCAAGCGUGCUACCAUGAUAGAGAUACAUUGAUGGAAUAUUGAUGAACAAAGGACUAGAACAUCCGCCUCCUCUUGCCGCUCCCUGCCACACCUGCGCUUGCGUUGGGUGCUCCCGGUGGAUACCUGCCCGGCUUCUCUCUCUCCUCCCGGUAGAGCCGGUGUGCCUCGAGGAGGUGCUCUGGCCUGAGCGGGCCUGCCUGUCCCUUUUCUUGCUGCACGGCCCGGGCUCGCUCGACGAUGUCGCCCACAAAGAUCUUGGCCGCACCUGCUGCG